CACCAAUAUUGCGUGCAGCCCAGCCCGUCUUAUUGGACUGCUUUCCAAGAGUGGACGCUUUUCGCUUCGCCCUCCAGUCGUUGGAUUUCUGCUUUGCUAGCUUCUUCUUCAGGUCAGCGUAAAGCCCUUCUUUUUCCUUUGAUUUUCACGUUCCUCUUAUUUUGGUUAAGCUGGAAGAAUCAUGCAUUCGUGUACACAUUAGUUUUGAUUUGUACUUUGUAACUGUAGAUUUUGGGAAAUUGGGUUCUAGGUUUUUUUAAGUUUGGUGUGCAUGUUUUCUCGAACUAUUUUGUGCUUGUGAUUGCCGUAGUGUCUUUUGUUAUUGGAUUAUCAAAUCCAGGAUGAGUUUUAAUUGGAACAUAUAUAAUAAAAGAAAGUCUUUUGGUUUGGUGAACAUUGUAUUUGUUUGCGGGAUGGCAUUAACUUAGAGAUUUGAACUUUGAGAGAGAGCUUUGAAUUUGUUUGGCUACUUUUAGUAUGAUUUCUGGAAGAAUGUACUGGGUUUAUGCUCCUCUAGCUUAUGACUGUAAUCAAGAUCACAAUUGGUGGAGGGAAUUUAAGUUUAGGUCAAGUCUGAUUCUUUUGACAGGGAUAAGGAUGUCAAAAUUCCUCCUUCUUAGGACUAUUGAAUUUACUUGAUCUUUGUUCUCUUGAUUGUUUUGUGAUAUGGUAUAGCGAUGGAAUAUACAGUCUAUGUAACUGUAGUUUUACUGUGUAGUGAUUUUGAUUUUCCAUAUGUUAUUGCUAUGGUUUCUAUGUGCUUGGAGCAUAGUACCAGCUUCGUGCAUUCUGUUAGCACCUGGAUAACAUUGUUGGAUUUACUUUAUUGUUCAUGAGUCUUUGCUUUCAUCUUUCCCUAAACUUGGAAUAUCGAAGUGGCAGAAGGAGAUUGAAUGUUUAAAAAUUAUGAAAAUAUGUCAGGUUUUAGUGUGGUGAUUUGUUUUCCAUUACACACAUGUAAUUAUUUUUAAAAGGUUCUUGCAAUUUAUCUGAAAUACUGAUCAAUGGUUGGAAUCUAGGCAUUUAUUCGUCUGCCAAUAAAUUGUCUGCUCUUUGUCAGUGGAGUUGUAGUUGCAUCACCAAAUCAGCCAUGUCUACCGAAUCGGGUUCUUCUGUUCAGCGAGGCCAAGUUGAUUUGUUGGACUUCGUGGACUGGUCUAGUGUUGAAUGCCUUAACCAAAAAGGCGCAAACUCUCUUCCGAAUGCCCUUAAACAGGGAUAUAGGGAGGAUGAUGGUCUGGUUCUGGAGAGCGAUGCAGAUGAGCAGCUGUUGAUAUAUAUACCAUUCAAUCAAGUUGUCAAACUACAUUCAAUCGCUAUCAAAGGGCCAAAGGACGAAGGUCCUAAAACUGUGAAACUUUUCUCAAACAAGGACCACAUGGGAUUCAGUAAUGUCAAUGACUAUCCUGCUAGUGACACAGCUAUUCUAUCUGAAGAUAAUCUUGAGGGAAAACCUGUAAUAUUGAAGUACGUCAAGUUUCAAAAUGUUCGGAGCUUGACGAUCUUUAUUGAGGAUAAUCAGUCUGAAUCCGAAGUUACAAAGAUUCAAAAGAUUGUUCUUUAUGGAACUACGGUGGAAACAACAGAUAUGAAGGCUCUGAAGAAGAUUGAAGACCACUGACCACAGAUUGAGCUAGUAGCAUUGGUAUAGGAUUCCCUUUGAAGCAAAAUCCACAUUUACUGCUUUUGGCAGUCACUUGAACUUGGAUUUGAUUUUAUAUAUUUGCUUAAUAUUGGGAAUCUUUGUUGCGUUGGCAAGUGUCGUAACAUAUUAUUUACACAUUGAAUUUUUCCUCCCUCGUCCCUAGCAUGUGUUACUACAUACAUUCCUUAAACUCUUUAGUAACUAUUGUGGUCAUUUUCUUUUUUGUUCUGCAAAUGGUGAGAUUGUGAAAAUUGUAAGUUUUUUUUUUUGUUGAUAUUUCAUCAUGAGGAAGGGAUUCUGCAUUAUCUCUCUCUUUUUUUUUUCUUUUUUUUUUUUUGGUUUUGUUUAAAAUGUUUCUAUUGUCUGAAUUAGC